CUAGUUCUCCCUGGGCCGGGGAGUCACUCCAGGCUACCCUGCCGAGGCUAGGAUGCAAAGUUAUUUGGUGGCGGCUGCUACUAGCAGAAGGCUGGAGCCGCGGAAGAGGGGUGUGUGCGCGCGCCCAGUGCAGCAUCUUUAAGAAGUAGUGUAGCUCGUCUUCCCUCUGGGCUCCCUGCCACCCAGUCCAUCUUUUUCCAUCCUGUGCACCUGUGUGGGGAAGGGAUGGACCGUUACAAGAACGCUUGCUUACUUGUGUUAAUGAAAAGUAAAUUAACCCUUCUCCGCCGCCUUUCCCCCUCCCUAAUUUAAGUCGCCUCGGGGCUCUAAAAGCGCACAGAGAACUCUUGGCCAGGCAGGCUAGAAACUUCCUUUGGUGCUGUGGAGGGGGCCGGCGGGUGGAGAGGGGGCUCCAUCACGGUAUGAAGUCACACUCUAGAGGGAGCAGAGGCAGCGGGAAGGCGGGAGCGGGAGUCCGCCCGCUUCGGAGUAAGUUGCGGGUACCGGCUGGGGGGUAGCGGCGUCAGGGUCCUCGCGGAGCAGCAGGCGCCGGGCAAAAGAGUGCAAAUAAUUCCAAGGAGCUUUGUUCGGUGUCUUUUAAUUAAGGGAGACGAUAUCAAAUGAGGGGCCAGCCUGGAUGCUGGCCUGGCCUUUAUUAAAGGCGUGAUUAUUAAUUGUGCCUGCGGUUUGCACCGAACUUCGGAAAAGCAAAAUGCAGCGGCGGUUUGUGCUUCGUGUGCAGUGCACGCCACUGUCUACGCGCCCCAAGCUCAGCGCGGUCUCAGCCAGGCUCCUGGGUGUCUGUGGGUCGCCAGCUAGCCCCGCCCGUCCUCGGGGACUUACCCGCGGCGGCCUCAGCCACGCGUCCUAGAGCCGGGUGCUCUGCCCCGCCCCCAAGAUCCCAACUUUUCGGGGCUCCCUAGCCUCUGAGAGGGCGUCAGGGAGAAACCAGAGGUCUGGAGAAAGCUCCCUUCCCAGAGCUGGGACCACCGGGAUAUCUGAACCCGGACGUCCACCAAGGCAGCGGUGUUGCUGCUAAUGAACCCAGUCUCUCUCUUCUCCCUUUACAAUGAAAGCCUAAGCCAGAGCCCAGGUACCUGGAUGGAGCUGAAGUCUCAGGAAUUUCCCAAUAAGUGGCCAAUGGCUACUAGCCAAGGCUGGAGGGCUGCUAUGCAGUCGUGUUGAGCGCAUCACAUAUUAAGGGCCCUUUAAAGACCUGGAUUGAUUGGAAGGACAAAAAUUAAAAGCAAUCUGAUCCAGCCCCGUGCCAGAUCCCUUCGGAUUGCCUCCUUAUCCCAUUUCCACCCACUGUUACAAUUUGAGAGUCUGCCUGAUUUGAUCAGCUUCACCUCCAGGGGAGGUGUAAUGCCAAGGUUAAGAGGACGCCAAGUUCCAGGCAACUUUUUGAUCUGCCCAUCAGCAGCCUGAGAAACGCUGGCUCUGGAUUUUCCGUAUCGGCCAUUUGGAAAACACAAGCUCCCACCGUUGGCAAACCUGCAGUGCUCAAGUCUAUGAUACAUCCCCGCCGCUGUUGCCUGGUAGAUAUGGCAUUUCCAUGCUGAAGCCCCAAGUCCCCCCUGACCCCACCAUCAUCUCUCCAGUGCCCCUCUGGGCCCCACCCAGUCUGACUGCCCAGCCAUGCUGCACCUGCUGGCCCUCUUCCUGCACUGCCUUCCGAUGGCCUCUGGGGACUAUGACAUCUGCAAAUCCUGGGUGACCACCGAUGAGGGCCCCUCCUGGGAGUUCUAUGCCUGCCAGCCCAAAGUGAUGCGCCUGAAGGAUUAUGUCAAGGUGAAAGUGGAGCCCUCGGGCAUCACGUGCGGAGACCCCCCUGAAAGGUUCUGCUCCCACGAAAAUCCCUACCUGUGCAGUAAUGAGUGUGAUGCCUCCAACCCAGACCUGGCCCACCCACCCCGGCUUAUGUUUGACAGGGAAGAUGAGGGACUGGCCACCUACUGGCAAAGUGUCACCUGGAGUCGCUACCCCAGUCCCCUGGAGGCCAACAUCACCCUCUCCUGGAACAAGAGCGUGGAGCUGACAGAUGACGUGGUGAUGACUUUCGAGUAUGGCCGGCCCACGGUCAUGGUCCUCGAGAAGUCCCUGGACAAUGGCCGCACCUGGCAGCCUUACCAGUUCUAUGCAGAGGACUGCAUGGAGGCCUUUGGCAUGUCCGCCCGCCGGGCCCGAGACAUGUCACCCUCUAGCGCCCACCGUGUGCUCUGCACGGAGGAGUACUCACGCUGGGCAGGCUCCAAAAAGGAGAAGCAUGUGCGCUUCGAAGUAAGGGACCGCUUCGCCAUCUUUGCCGGCCCUGACCUGCGCAACAUGGACAACCUGUACACGAGGCUGGAGAGUGCCAAGGGCCUCAAGGAGUUCUUCACCUUCACCGACCUGCGCAUGCGACUGCUUCGCCCCGCGCUGGGCGGCACCUAUGUGCAACGGGAGAACCUCUACAAGUACUUCUACGCCAUUUCCAACAUAGAAGUCAUCGGCAGGUGCAAAUGUAACCUGCACGCCAACCUGUGCACAGUGCGCGAGGGCAGUCUGCAGUGCGAGUGUGAACACAACACCACGGGCCCCGACUGUGGCAAGUGCAAGAAGAACUUCCGUACACGAGCCUGGCGAGCUGGCUCCUACCUGCCGCUGCCCCAUGGCUCUCCCAAUGCCUGUGCCGCUGCGGGCUCCGCCUUUGGCAGUACCAGCAGGUCUAUCAAAGACUCUGCGCCCAAAGCCCCUAUGGCCACUGAGGCCACAAAGAGGGGUCCUAUCACUUCUGUCCCCUCCACAUCUACCAUCCAAGCCCCUGCAGCCCCCAGCACCCCACAGCCCACAGGGCAGACCAAGCCACCUACUGUUGCCCCACUUGGUGAUAGCUCCCUCUGGCCCCAGGUGUCCACCAGUGCAGAAGCUGUGCCCAUCUCGGCUGCCGUCCCCUCCCGAGUCAAGGGCUCCACACUUUUCCAGCUCAAGCCCAGAUCUCCUCAAGUGAUACCCAUUGAAGAAUUUCCAGACUGUGAGUGCUACGGCCAUUCCAACCGCUGCAGCUACAUCGACUUCCUGAACGUGGUGACCUGUGUCAGCUGCAAACACAACACUCGAGGUCAGCACUGUCAGCAUUGUCGCCUAGGCUACUACCGCAACGGCUCCGCCGAGCUGGACGACGAGAAUGUCUGCAUUGAAUGUAACUGCAACCAAAUCGGCUCCGUGCAUGACCGGUGCAACGAGACAGGCUUCUGCGAGUGCCGGGAGGGCGCGGUGGGGCCCAAGUGCGAUGAUUGCCUUCCCACGCACUACUGGCGCCAAGGAUGCUACCCCAACGUGUGCGACGACGACCAGCUGCUCUGCCAAAACGGCGGCACCUGCCUGCAGAACCAGCGCUGCACCUGCCCGCGCGGCUACACCGGCGUGCGCUGCGAGCAGCCCCGCUGCGACCUCGCUGACGACGGUGGCCCGGACUGUGAUCGCGUGCCAGGCACCGCCCCGCGCCCCGACACCCUGCUCGGAUGCCUGCUGCUGCUCGGGCUCGCCGCCCGCCUGGGCUGCUGAGUCCGCUCUAGGGGUCCGGGAGUCCCGGGCCCGACGGCGACACGGGUGCGGCCGAGCUGCUCCCAGGUGCUACUCGCAGAGUCCUCCCUGCUCCGCCCACGCUCACCGGCCCCUUCCGACACUGUCCUCACCGCCCACAGGGGGCGCUGUGGAGCCCUGGCCCGGCGGGCUGCAAUUUUCAGAUUUUUUUUUUUAAAUGUCCCAACGUCCCUAUAUUUUUCCUUUGUUUCUUUGCUUUCUUCUUCUCCUCAUUCUUCCUCCCCCCUCUCCCUUUUGCUGGCGGUGAGACAGGGACUGGGGAGAAACGCUGCUCAACCCAACACCCGCAGGUCCUGCCCCACCCACCCACACACACAACUCUCGCGCACACCCCAGCGCCUGUUCCUGGCUGGCUCCACCAGCCAGCGGACCCGGAACUCCAGUUGCCUACAACUCUAGUCGCUGACUUGAUUCUCUUUUGUAUCUUUUUUUUUUCUUUCUUUUUUUUUCUCUCUCUCUUUCUUUUUUUUGCACUCACCAGACCCCAGGCCCCCAAGGAGGCCUGGAGACAGAGGAACUCACUGUCUGAGGGAUGGGUAGGACAAAGUGCGGAGCAGAAACCUUGUUUUCUAGAGAACUAUUUUGUUUGUAUCCACUGUCCUUGUGGAGGGACUCGGGUGGGAGCUGGUCACCGAGGGUGGCUGAUGGUGAGCAAGCCCACAGUAAAAAGAGUUCACAGCU